AUGGGCGGAGGUCAGCGACUGCUUACCCUGGACGAAAACCGCCAGAUACAAGAAGAUGUCAAGCGCAACACCGGCGUCAAGCUGGUUCAGAUUCAAGAGUGGGAUCUCGAUGCGCUGAUGAAGGAGAUGUAUAUUACUGACGGUGUCGAUGCAUACAUUGACGCAGACUCAGCAGAGCCAGUUAAAUGUGCCCAGGAUGUGAUCGAACGAGUUGGGCUUGAUGCGGAUCAAGAAAGCGACAAAAACUUAGAAGCUGAAGCCCCGAUACAACUAUCAGCGGCUCUGGCUUGCUGUGUAAAGCUUGCCGAGUUUAUUGCUCGUCUUCCCAACUGUGACGAAGAGACACGAGAUCUAGCAAAAAUGGCGUAG